AGAGAGCCGGCGACGAUCUCAAGACUCAAGAAUGGCAGCAAGUACGAGUAUUCCUGCGACCAUGCACGCAUGGCGAAAACAUAAGGGCAACCCCGAGCCUGUCUGGGAGGAGGUACCCGUUCCUGAGACACCUCCGACGGGGUUUCUCUGCAAGUUACUUGCUUCAGGAGUAUGCCAUAGUGACGACAGCUUGCUCACGAACGAGAAGCAACGACCGUGGUUCCAGGAGAAGUAUACACUGGGUCACGAAGGAUGCGGAGAAAUUGUCAAAAUUGGCAGUGAGGUGAAAGACUCGAGGUUCAAAGUGGGUGACCGGAUUGCACUAUUGGCCGUGCCAGGCUGUGGUUUGGACACAUGCACUGAAUGUUCGCGCGACCUGGCACAGCUUUGUGUGUCUGGCCACCAUUCUGGUAUCGGUCAGGAUGGCUUCUUCGCCCCGUAUGCCGUGAUAGACGCCAGAGGAGCAGUAAAAUUGCCCACAGGCGUCUCUGCUGCUGAAGGUGCAGUAGCCACUGAUGCUGUGAUGACGGCAUACCAUGCCAUCACGCGGCGUGGAGAAGUAAAAGCCACUGAGACUGUCUUUCUCUUCGGGCUUGGAGGACUUGGGUUCAACGCAUUACAAGUCAUCAAGCAUAUAGGUGCCAGGGUGAUUGUAUCGGAUAUUCGACAGGAAAGACUCGAUGCGGCAGCGAAGCUCGGAAUUCCCAGGGAGGACCUUGUGCCUGCUGGGUCGUCGGUACAGGACUUUGUCAAGGAGAAGGGCCUAGAGGGCAAAAUUGAUACGGUCUUGGAUUUCGUUGGUACGAACCAGACAUUCCAGGACGCACAAAACAUAGUGCGCCUCGCUGGCAAGAUUGUAUGCAUUGGCACCCUGAAUCUAGAAAAUACGGUGCAUAUGAAGAUGGGCAUCAGGAAGAGAUUGACUUUUAUCUUCUCAUAUGGUGGACAACUACGGGAUCUUGAGGAAGUGCUCGACCUAAUCUCUAAAGAUGCCCUCCGCCCACAGGUCGAGACGGGCCGCUUGGAGGAUUUCCCGCGGGUGCUUAAAGAACUGUGUGAAGGGAAAAUCAAGGCUCGUGUGGCUCUGCUGCAAGACUGAUGACAUCAGGUCUUGUUGUCGCUCAAAAGACAUGCCCAAGACACAAAAUUUGGGGGUGCUAAUUCGAGCCGUUCACACUGGCGCUCUUUGGUAGACCUAUGCCCACAGCUGCAGUGGCACCGGCAUCGACUGGAAGAAUGACUCCAGUCAUCCAUCGAGCAUGAGGCCCAGCUAAGAAUACAACUGCACAAGCACAAUCCCAGCCUGUGCCUUCUGUACCUAAUAAGCUUCGCUUCUUCCUUGCUUCUCGUGCCUCUUCGCUCAUUCCACCUGCAUACAUCAUCGGUGUGUAAAGCAU